AUGUUAUUUUGUCCUCUGUGCUCGAGUAUGCUGGUUGUCAGAAGACAGUCCAUGGGGAAUGAGCUUUCGUGUAGGAUGUGCGGAUAUCUAUAUGCAAUAUCCAAAGAAAUAACCAAGUCUGUUCCCAUGACACCGAAGAAGAGUGAUGGGCUUAUUGAUGAGGAUGAGAACUUGAAGUUUGUAUCGAAGUGUGGCAAGAAGUGCGAGUGUGGCUCUGAGGAGGUUUCCUUUGUAGAGCUUCAGACACGAAGUGCAGAUGAACCAAUGACAAUAUUUUAUAAAUGCAUAAGAUGCAAGAAAGUCUGGAGAGAGUAA